AUGGCGACCCCGGCCCUGCCGCCGCUGCUCGCGGCCGGCGUGCCCAUGCUCAAGGUGUCCAGCAAGAAGAUCAAGCCGGUCAUCGUACAGCUCUCGCCCACGACCAUCACCUGGCCCAGUAUGAAGGGCGGAAAGGUCGAGAUCAAGUCGAUCCGCGAGCUGCGCCUCGGGCAGUCACCAACCGAGCAGCACGACUCGCGCCGCUGGCUGACGAUCGUCUACGUCCGGAGCGGACAAUGGAAGGUGGUGCACUUUAUCGCGCACACAGACGACGUGUACGCGGCGUUUGUCAAGGCUCUGCGCUCGCUCGUCGCCGCGGCGAGUGACCACGUCGUGCCCGGCGUCACUGAGGGCGCUGGAAGCUCGCCGCCGCCAGGAAAAGCGGGCUCGGACGAGAGCACCCAUUCGGUGGCUUCAGCCGCGUCAUUGAAGCACGCCGCAGUUCCAGCGUCGGACCACGACCUGGUGCUUAUCCGCCAGCUGUGGCCCGCGAACCAGGCGCGGCUGGACCAGAAUACAGCCGCGAGGAUAUGCGCGCAGCUAGGCCUCCCGACUGACGCCGAGACCGUGGCAAAAUACGAGCCACUGGACAUCACCGCCGUGCACCAGCUCGUUCGGGACCUGCAGAUCCGCCCCGAGCUCGACGACCUGUACCGCGUGCUUGGGGGUCCACUGAACCGCGGCCAGGCCGGCUCGUUCUUGCACACGGUACAGAAGGAGAACAACCUCGACGCGGCGAGAGUCAACGAGGUCUUUGACCGAUAUGCUGGAGCCGACGGCACGUGGACCGCCACGUCCCUCGCCGCGUUCCUCGCCUCGCCUGAUAACGUCUCCAAGCAGGUGCAGGACAUGACCCGCCCCUUGCCAGAGUACUUUAUCGCGUCGAGCCACAACACGUAUCUCGUUGCCGAGCAGUGGCGGGGAGCGAGUACGGUUGAGGGUUACGUCCGCGUGCUGCUGGCUGGCUGCCGCUGCGUCGAGAUUGAUAUUCACAACGGCGACACUGGCCCCGUUGUGUACCAUGGCAAGACGCUCACGUCGAGUGUUCCCGUACGCGACGUGUGCGUCGCGAUCAAGAAGUACGCGUUCGUGUCGUCGCCAUACCCCAUCAUCAUCUCGCUCGAGGUUCGCUGCGACGUGGCGAAUCAGGACAAGCUCGCGGCCAUCAUCAUCGACGUGUUUGGCGACCUGCUCGUCAAGGACAUUGUGCCUGAGAUUGAGGGCAUUCCCAGCCCAGAGGACCUCAAGGGGCGUAUCCUCAUCAAGGCCAAGGCGCCAAAGCCUCCAGCUGUUCCUCGCACGUCGACACACCUGAGCGUCUCUCCGCCCAGCACAUCACGCGACUCGACCGACUCGACUACCGAGUCCGAAUCAUCGUCGCACUCAUCAUCGCUCAGCCGCCGCAUCGCCCGCAGGCUGUCCAUCAGUUCGUCACCGUCCGAGAAGGCUCCCAAGGCCGUCGCACCCGUGUCCAAGCACCUCGCGACCCUCCCAGUCUACACCACUGGCGUGCGCUACGCAGGCUUCACAAAGCUCGUCACAUACGACUCGCAUCACAUCUUCUCCGUGUCGGAACGCACAGCCAACCGCAUCCUGAAGGAGGGCUCCGAGGCAGACUGGAUCAAACACAACUUUACCCAUCUGGUCCGGGUAUACCCCAAGGGUGUGCGACUGGGCUCGUCCAAUUUCGACCCUCAGCCAUACUGGGCAGCAGGGGCCCAGCUCGUGGCCAUCAACUACCAGACGCUCGACUGGGGCUCGCUGGUCAACCAUGCCAUGUUCCACUCGCCUCUCGGUUACGUGCUCAAGCCGCAAGCGCUGCGGCACAAGCACCCAGAACAAACGCAACGAUACCGGCUGUCCGUGCGCCUGAUCUCAGCGCAGCGCCUACCGCCCGCGGCUGACCUGUACGUCGAGGCAACGCUCGGCGAGUCAUCGGCCAAGACUCGGAUCGCAGCGGGCAAGUCGCUCAGCCGCAGAUGGGACGACGUGCUCCCCUUCGAGUUUGACGCCAAGCCUUCCCACCUGGCCUUUACUUUCCUUCACCUCGAGAUCAAGUCCAAGGGUCAAAGCGGGAUCGUUGCCCAAUGGAUGCGCAGCGUGCACGACGCGCCGAGGGGGUACCGCUACCUCCCUCUCGACGACCAGACACGGUCAAGGUUUUUGUUCUCCACACUCUUCGUUCGGAUCGACGUUGAGGUUUUAGGGAUUGCGCCGGGUGCAUGA